AUGUCGAAACGCGACCAGCACAUUCAGCCGCGCAUGGUCAAGAAGGGCCCCUUCACUGUCGAAGCGUCCGGCUAUGAACCCGUCGCCGGUGAGACAAUCCCCCGUCGGCACCCCGCGGCCAAGGACGGCCUCAUCCUGCGCCCGUCCGAAGACGUCACAACUACCUACGAGAACUUCCGCCGGUCCGCCCGUGUCUUUGGUAACUCCAGAGCAGUCGGUACUCGCAAGUUAAUCAAGCUCCAUACCGAGAACAAGAAAGUCAAGAAGAUCGUCGACGGUGUUGAGACCGAGGUCGACAAGCAAUGGACUUACUUUGAAAAAAGCGGUUACACCUACAAGUCCUUCCUGGAGUAUGAGAAGCUUUGUCUGGAGCUUGGUUGCGGUCUCCGCAAGCUUGGCCUUGAGAAGGAUAGCAGAAUCCACUUGUACGGCGCAACGAGUGCGCACUGGCUGGCAAUGUCUCACGGUGCUGCCUCUCAGUCCGUGACCAUCGUGACCGCUUAUGAUACCCUGGGCGAAGAGGGCCUGAAGCACUCUCUGGUUCAAACUGGUAGCACUGCUAUCUUCCUCGACCCCUCCCUGCUGAAGUCGCUCAUUAACAUCCUCCGGAGCGUACCCUCACUCAAGCACAUUAUCUAUAACACCGACGACGAGGUCGACCAGAAGCUGCUUGACCAGCUGCACAGCGAAUUCAUUCACCUCAACGUGUUGAGCAUUGAGGACUUGCGCAAGCAGGGUGAAGAGAACAAUGUGGAGCCUGUUCCUCCUAAGCCGGAGGACCUUUGCUGCAUCAUGUACACCUCGGGCUCAACAGGCCCACCAAAGGGUGUCCCCUUGACCCACGCCAACGUGAUUGCUGCCACCGCCGGUAUAAACGUAAUCGUCGGUCCCUAUAUUAACCACAAGGACUCGCUGCUGACCUACCUCCCCCAAUCUCACAUCUUGGAAUUCAUGUUCGAGAACCUUUGCUUGUUCUGGGGUGGUACCAUGGGUUACGGUAACCCCCGCACAUUGUCCGAUGCGUCCAUGCGCAACUGCCUGGGCGAUAUCAAGGAAUUCAAACCUACUAUUCUGGUUGGUGUCCCGGCCGUGUGGGAGUCCGUGAAGAAGGGAGUCUUGAACAACCUGAACAAGAGCAGCUUCAUCGUCAAGGGCAUGUUCUGGGGUGCCAUGUCGGCCAAGAACUUCCUGCUGACUACUGGCAUUCCCGGCUCGGGCAUCGGUGCCUCGAUCCUGGACGCUAUCGUUUUCAAGAAGCUGAAGGAGGCAACUGGUGGCAACCUCCGCAUCGUGAUGAACGGCGGUGGCCCCGUCUCCAAGGAAACCCAGAAGUUCCUGUCCAUGGCCGUCGCCCCUAUGAUCAGCGGCUACGGUUUGACCGAGACUUCUGCCAUGGGUGCCCUGAACGACCCUUUGGCCUGGAACCCCAAUGCUCUGGGUGAAAUACCUGCUUGCGUGGAGAUCAAGCUCGUUGACUUCCCCGAUGCUGGCUACUUGACCACAAACAAGCCACCCCAGGGUGAGAUCUUCAUUCGCGGUGGCAGUGUGACCUCGGGCUAUUACGAGAACGAGGAGGAGACGAAGGCUGCUAUUACCGAGGAUGGCUGGUUCAUGACCGGUGAUAUUGGCGAGUUCGACAGCAACGGUCACCUCAACAUCAUUGACCGCAAGAAGAACCUGGUCAAGACCCUGAACGGCGAAUACAUCGCUUUGGAGAAGCUUGAGUCGGUCUACCGCUCGUCUCCCGUUGUUGGCAACAUCUGCGUCUACGCAGCUGAGGACCAGUACAAGCCCAUUGCUAUUAUUGUUCCCGUCGAGGUGGCUUUGAAGAAGAUUGCUCAGGAUAACGGCAUCGAGGGUGACACUCUCGAAACUCUCGUCCACAAUGACAAACUUAACGGCAUCGUCCUCAAACAACUGCAAGCUGCCGGCCGUGCUGGUGGUCUGAAGGGUAUGGAGAUCAUCGACGGUGUUGUGCUGUCCGAUGAGGAGUGGACCCCGCAAAACGGAUUCAUGACCGCUGCUCAGAAGCUUCAGCGCAAGAAGAUCCUCAACCAGUACGAGAAUGAGAUCAACAAGGCGUACGGCAAGAAAUAA